AUGGACAAGUUCAUCUCUCUCGCUCUUGCGACUCUCCUGUUAGGAGCCCAAUCCGCCUUUGCUAUUCCCACAGAGGCCACUACUAAAGCGUGUAACGAAAUCAACAAUGCUCUUCCAGGAAAAGUCCUCACUCCGGGACUUCUCAAGCUCGAAUACGCACAUGAGACGCAGCAAUACUGGGCUACCAAUCUCCGCGAAGUCGAUCCUGCAUGCAUUGUUCAACCAGACUCUGCCCAAGAUGUGUCCAUUGCUAUCAAGAUCUUGAACAAGUACCCGACUGUCAAGCUUGCUACACGGAGCGGAGGUCACGAUCCAAACAAGCAGCAUGCUGCGGUCCAAGACGGUGUUCUCAUCGCCAUGACCAAUCUAGUCGGAGCGACGUACGACGCAGCAGAAGAUGUUGCUUACGUCCGACCCGGUGGCGAAUGGAACGACGUCAUUGGCGACCUUGAGAAGAGCGGCGUGGCAAUCGCUGGAGGACGACUCGGUCUCGUCGGUGUCGCUGGUCUGCUGCUCGGUGGAGGUCUUUCCUUCCUCGGUGCUCAAGAGGGUCUUGCAGCCGAUAACAUCAUCGAAUGGGAGACUGUUAUGGCGAACGGGUCUGUCGUCAACGUCAAUGCUGCAAAGCAUCCCGACCUUGCGCAAGCUAUGCGUGGUUCCGGUAGCCAGUUCGGUAUUGUCACCCAGUUCAAGACUAAAGUCCAUCACAUGGGCGACGUCUGGGGUGGCUCGUGUGUCUUCGACGACUCAAAAUCCGACGCACUAUACGCUGCUUUGCACAACUUCAUGGCACACGGUGCCGAAGACCCCAAGGCGGCUAUCAUUCUUACGGACCUCGUAGUCGCAGCUGGAAUCAAGACGAAAAUUCUCUUUUCCUUUUACGACAACCCUAAGCCACCUACAUCGGGUCCGUUUGCCGAUUUCUUCAAGAUCGUCAACCCUUUGUGUCUACCCAAGACACAAAAGUACUCUGAGCUACUGAAGGCAAACGGCGAGCCAGUCCGACUCUUGAACGCCCGCGCAUUCUUCCGCACUUACACUGUCCCAUACAUUGCAUCCCGGCCUCAGAUGUACAAGGAGAUUCGCGACAAGCUUGCUGAACUCACUGGUAUCUUCCUCAACACCCUACCUGUCGUUCGCGCCAUCCAGUUCAGCGUUGACUUCCAACCUCUUCCAUCCCGCUUUGGAAAGGUGUCCGAGUCCAAGGGCGGAAACGCCAUGGGACUUUCGUCCUCCGACCCUGACCGCAUCAUCCUAAUCUACCAAGGAGCGUGGAACUUGCCCACAGACGACGCUCUUGCGUUUGGCAUCGCCAGGGAAUUGACGGCUUGGUUAGACAAGGUCGUGCCUCAAUGGAUAGCAGAAGCGGGUAUGCCAAGCGACAUGUACAUGCCAUUAUUCAUCAACGAUGCCAUGUGGGACCAGCCAGUUUUCCAGAGCUACAAGGAUUACAACAAGUUUAAGGCAUUGCAGAAGAGUGUUGACCCGAACGGCUUGUGGAGCACCAGGGCAGGUGGUUUUAAGUAUUAG